AUGGCCCCCUCUACGAUCGCUCUAGGAGCCUCUGCCACUGUUACUACCACCACUAGACUAGCUGCCAGCCCCCUGGUUCCCUACUGCUCCAUCAAAGGCCGAAAGGAUCUGGAGGAAGAAGAUGAAAACGAAGUCUUGGAUGCUUUCAAAGAGUAUGUCGAGAAAGCAUUGGCUCAACCAUUCUGCUACGACGUUACCACCAAUCCUGGAAGGAAGAGCAAGUGCAGCUGCCUGAAUGAGCUGAGGCCCGAGCUUGAUAGUGAUGACCUGGAUGAAUGUGUCAAGGGCAUGCUGCUGUUUUGCAAGUAUGGAUUUGCUGAAAGAAAAAGAAUUUUGAAAGAAUGGAUCAGAUCAGCCAUGGGAGCGGCAUAUAUUCUUCUUGGUCAUCGGCGGAAGGAUCAACACCGAGUGCAUCUCCUGCCAGGUUCCACCAACAGAUUCAUCUGCAAGAAUGCCCUCGCUCAGAUCCUUGGAAUAGGAAGAAGCCAAUGGAGCGCCGCUGUGAAAUUUGCAAAAGACAACAAAGAUCCGGUUCAUGGUCUGAAGGGAAAGCCAUCCAACAGGAUGUGUCAAGAGACACACAAUGUUUUGCAUGAGUUCUUUAACACAAUGAAGGAGCUUGCCACGCCUCGUGCAACCAAGGUGGUGAGGCAGCAAAUCUGUGAAGGAAUUACAACAACAAUCGAGUUGGCGAACGACGAUCUGGAAAUGGUUGAACUUCCAUCGUGCAUGACGAAGCGGGGACUCUACAACCGAUUCGUAGGAGAACUUGGCUGGACAAUCAAGUGGGACACCAAGGCACGGAUUCUCAAGAAGACAGAGAAGGGAACAGAACAGAAAGUCACAGCAGACAAGAUUCCAGCGUGGAGCACCUUUCGAAUCUUCUGGAAAAAGGAAUACACAAAGCUUUACAUUCAGCGCCCUAGGGAACACAUUUGUGGGGAAUGCGACAUCUUCCAGAAUCAACACAAAUACGUCCAUCGCUUUGGCAGAGAUGACGAGACGGAAGAUGAGGAUGACUGGGAGGACGCAAUUGCAAUGCUCGAUCCCUACACCAGUGUGGAAGACCGGUACAGGGCGGCUAUUCCUUAUGAAGACAUGGUCAUCAAGGCAAACUUCCAUGUCGAAAUGGCAAGACGUCAGAGAGAUCUCUUCAAUUUGAAGAAAGCUGAAGCAAUUCGAGACACUAACAAAGAAUGGGAUAAGAGAGCGUACACGUUUGUCUGCGACUUU